UAGACCUGGGAUCUUUGGUGGUGAACCAACUUGCACCUAGCUGUGGCUGGAAGCGCAUCCAAGCUUUAGCCCAUCAUUUUCCUCCAAUCGACUUAGGCAAAAAGACUCAGCCGUGGUCACGGGACGGAAGAAGAUCUAUGGGGGAACAUCCCCAAAUUUUGGUACACUCAAAUUUUGGGAGUUGAAAUUCCAAGGGAAUUUUCUCCAGAUCUCUUUGUUUAGUUCUGUGUGUUCCUGCAAAAACCAUCCCUUCCGGGAUGAUCAUUUUUAACAGGGUUAGCGGGUGGGCAGUAGCCACUUCAUAAGAUAGACUUUCGUUCACCGCUAUGUUGACCACUGAAGUUUCCACACCAACAUUUUGUACGCCAUAACGCCAGAAUAUGAAUAGAAUGGCCCUUGGAAGUUCCAAGCACCACAUUCAUCGCGCCACUUGAAAUUGGCACAUAGCAUUGCCAGUUUGAUCAUGUUUGAUCACCUGUUGGCAAACAUGUUGCAACCGGCCGGCUGUUCAAGCACCGGCCGCGCGUUGAGCAACGCGCUGGCCACAGGGGCUGCAACAAGUUGGCUUGAGAGGUACCAGCAUUCCAUAAACAUGGCAUUGCUGGAGUCCUCGGCCAAACCUGCUGCGAAAAAUCUGGACGCCCUGCCGACGCCUAGCCGACGCAGUCGACCCCCCUUGGGCCAGGUGGCUGCACCCCGCCGGGGUGCCGCAUUCGCGUCAAAGACGCUGUCAAACAGCCAUCCAGGCCCCAGGCCCGGCCAGCAAAGCUCCCCACAUCCCGGUGCCGCCACCGUGGCCAGCGCAGGCCGCGCGAUGCUGCAGCGCAGCGACCAGCGGCGGCCCAGCGCGCCCGGCGCGUUGGCGCCGGAGGAGCCGAAGGAGCCGAAGGAGCCGAAGGAAAGGAACAGCAGGAGCUUCAAGACCUUUUCGGAAGGAUGUGUGCCUGCAGAUGUUGGGCACGGCUCCGGUCGAAGCACGAUGCUCCGGAAGAAUCCGCUGGAUCCUUUCAACAUUGAACGCUUUGCGGAGGCGCAAAAGGAGAAUGGCACCUUUCAUCGAGCUUUGGGCGAGAUCCAAAGCGGAAGGAAAUCCUCCUGUUGGAUGUGGUUUGUGAUCCCAUCUCCGCCCUACGUGAAAAACAACAUCGAACGGGGCAGUAGUAUGAAUCGGAAGUAUGCCAUUCGUUCCGACGAGGAGGCCUUGGCCUUCUUGAAGUACGAGUCGGAGGGCGUGGACCUGCGACAAAACUACUUCUCCAUUCUCUCAGCCGUCCUAGAGCACCUGAAGGCGGGCAAGGCUGCUCGCAGUGUGAUCGGCGGCUUCGAUGAGCCCAAACUUCAGAGCUCGGUGGCCUUCUUCGAGCGCAUUACCCGUGACAGCGACCCAGAGCUCAACGAAGUGCUCGUCCAAAUGGCCAGACUGAUGAAUGUCCAUUUGGCCAAGUGAUCCCCCCUUGAGUGAACAGCUUAGCCAGUCUGCUAGAGUCUGAUGAAGGGA